CUCCAAAAUGACCCAACACAUCGCAUACACGCGUCGCGCAGCGAUAGCUGCAACCCGGCAAGGCUGCGUGCUACAUCGCCUGCGACGGUUGCAACAGAAAACGCAGCCGAAAACGCACGUCUACGUGCCAAACGCGUCGAGCGUGCAGCCUCGGCCGCAGCGAUGGGUCGUAAUCAAGCACGGAAGAAGGCCCAGGCGGUCGUAUCUAAAGCGAGCCUCGGCGCCAUCCGCCGCGGUCACCUGGGCAUCUACCAAAAACUCCAGAAGGCCCUGCAGGCCGCGCGCGAGCGGCUCGCCGGUCGCAAGGAGCUCUUGCAGUUCGACGAGAUCCGGCGGGCCCUCGACGCGAAGAUAGAAGAGCUUACGGCGGCCCUGCAGGACCCGUCCGUCGCGGACCCCGUCGCCAUCAGCGAGGGCGUCUACAAGCUGCUCCGCGCGUGCCAGCCGCUCUACCUCGCGCUCAACGACGGCCUCUCCCUAGAACAGGCCUGCGACGCGCUCGACGACGCGGAGCGGACGCUGGACGACUUCGCCGACCAGGACGAGAAGUACAAAAAGCACCGGAAGCUGAACGGCGGCUGGGUCCGCCAGAACGGCAAGUGGGUGAAGCUGAACGCCAAGGAGUUCGCGGCGUGGCAGAAGGAGAAGAAGGAAAGUAAUCGGAAGUUUGAGGAGAGCCCCUACAGUGUCACCACCCAAACCACUGAAAAGCACGACACUGUCUUCGUGGAGCAGAAAAGAAAGGACAAGAAAAGAUCGGACAAGUACGCUCGGCGAACGAAGAAGGCUAAGACGGAAGAUAACGAGCCGACGCCGCCAAACCUUGUGAUGCGGGCGAUGGCCGACGGGACGAAAAAGUACAAUGUGACGCGUCACUUAUUUAAGUUCGCUCCCGCAGGAGUGAGGAACUUCUUCAGACCGCGGGAGGAGGCCAUGGCGUUGGCGGCGCGGUGUGAGGCCAACCGGCCCGCGGGGACGACGCGCGCGGAACAGCAGGCCGCGCUCGCGCAGGAGGGCAGGGCGCCCGGCGUCCAUCCCCAUCGGGGCCAUGGCUACAGGGCCCGGCUUAUGCCGAAGAAGAAAACGUACGUCACGCUCAAGGCGCCGGGCGGCGGGUUCGUGUUCGACACCGCGGCGGCCGCCGCCGAGGCCAUCGAGAAGUACGAGAAGGCGGGUUCGCCGACGAAGCCGUCGGACCCGCUAUACGAUACGCUCGUGGAUUCCGUCCAACGCCGCAAGUAGGUGCCAUGGCCGACUGUGUAAUAUGCAAGUGAUCUCCCG